CUCCCUCACGACCGGAAGUGACGAUACUGUCACCGGCAGCUCCGGCUCGGUGAAAGCUUGGAGUUCCCGCAGCACCAAGAGGCCGCUGCUGGGCAGGAUUCAGGGAAGACACAGCAGGAUACCAUCUCUCCUGUUGCUGCCCACAGAUAUGCAGCCAGAGCCCUGAAUCUCCAUUGCCUACAGAAAAAACGAUGCUGCUUCUACUCUGGCACAAGAUGAGCCUGAUGUGGCCAAUUUGCCUGGGAGUGCAGCCCCACAAGGAGACCAGCCUGCCGCUCUGAUGCCGAAGGGGAGGCAGAAAGUGCAACCAUGGAGUGCUGCCCUGGAGCCCUCCCUGAGCCUGCCUGCCUGCCUCUGGCUGGCAGUAACUGGCUUCUUCUUGUUGGUUCCCUUGGUCAUGGCCCUAGAACUAACAGAGACAGUGGGGCCUGAGGCCCAGGGUCCUAGGGGGCUGAGCUGGGCUGUACUCCUGGACAGGAUGGAGGGUGAGGGCAAGGAAGAGAGUGAGGAGCAACAGGCAAACGCCCUGGCCCAGGCUGCAGGGCUGCUGAAUGCCGGACGCAUUGGGGAACUUCAGGGGCACUAUCUCUUCAUCCAGCCCCCUGGCCACAUUGGGGUCCAGCAGGAGGAAGCUGCCCGACAGCAGGCCGAGGCAGUGUUGUCUGGCCAUGAAGCUGUGCGUUGGCAUUCAGAGCAGCGGUUGUUGAAGCGUGCCAAACGCAGUGUGCUCUUCAAUGACCCCAAGUACCCACAGCAGUGGCAUCUGAAUAACCGUCGAAUCCGAGGCAGAGACAUCAACGUGACAGGUGUUUGGGAGCGUAAUGUGACAGGACGAGGGGUGACUGUGGUGGUGGUAGAUGAUGGGGUGGAGCACACCAUCCGGGACAUUGAACCUAACUAUAGUCCUGAAGGCAGCUAUGACCUCAACUCCAAUGACCCUGACCCCAUGCCACACCCAGACAUGGAGAAUGGCAAUCAUCAUGGCACCCGCUGUGCUGGCGAGAUCGCCGCUGUGCCCAACAACAGCUUCUGUGCAGUGGGUGUGGCAUACGGCAGCAGAAUCGCAGGUAUCCGGGUGCUGGAUGGGCCUUUGACUGACAGCCUGGAAGCUGUGGCAUUCAAUAAGCACUAUCAGAUCAAUGACAUCUACAGCUGCAGCUGGGGGCCAGAUGAUGAUGGAAAGACAGUGGAUGGACCCCACCAACUUGGAAAGGCUGCCUUGCAACAUGGAGUGAUUGCCGGUCGCCGAGGCUUUGGGAGUAUCUUUGUGGUGGCCAGUGGCAAUGGAGGCCAGCACAAUGACAACUGCAACUAUGAUGGCUACGCCAACUCCAUCUAUACAGUCACCAUAGGUGCUGUAGAUGAGGAGGGACGUAUGCCAUUCUAUGCAGAGGAAUGUGCCUCCAUGCUGGCUGUCACCUUCAGUGGGGGGGACAAGUUGCUGCGAAGUAUUGUGACCACUGACUGGGAUCUGCAAAAGGGAACAGGCUGCACUGAGGGCCACACGGGGACCUCGGCAGCAGCCCCCCUGGCGGCUGGUAUGAUAGCCUUAAUGCUGCAGGUGAGGCCGUGCCUCACUUGGCGUGAUGUCCAGCAUAUCAUUGUCUUCACAGCUACACAGUAUGAAGAUCGCCGUGCAGACUGGGACACGAAUGAAGCCGGUUUUAGCCACAGUCACCAGCAUGGCUUUGGUUUGCUCAAUGCUUGGAGGCUUGUCAAUGCUGCCAAGAUCUGGACAUCUGUCCCUUACUUAGCUUCAUACAUAAGUCCCAUAUUAAAAGAGAACAAGAGAAUCCCAGUGUCCACCCACUCCCUGGAAGUCCUAUGGAAUGUCAGCAAGAGCGACCUGGAGAUGUCAGGGCUGAUGACCCUGGAGCAUGUGGCAGUGACUGUCUCCAUUACCCACCCCCGUCGAGGCAGCCUAGAGCUGAAGCUCUUUUGUCCCAGUGGCAUGAUGUCCCUCAUUGGUGCGCCACGAACCUUGGAUAAAGAUCCCAAUGGCUUCAACGAUUGGACCUUCUCCACGGUUCGAUGCUGGGGGGAACGUGCUCAGGGCACAUAUAAACUUGUCAUCAGGGAUGUGGGAGAUGAGCUCCUCCAGGCCGGGGUCCUUCAGCAGUGGCAGCUGACGCUUUACGGCUCCGUGUGGAGUCUGGCUGACAUCAGAGAGAGGCAAAGGCAACUAGAGGAUGCCAUGAGUGGGAAGUAUCUGCAUGAUGGUUUUUCUCUGCCCUGCCCUCCUGGGCUCGAAAUCCCUGAGGAAGAGGGCUAUACCAUGACCCCCAACACCCUCAAGACCCUGGUGCUGCUGGGUUGUUUUGCUGUCUUCUGGACUAUCUACUACCUGCUAGAAGUGUAUUUGAGCCAGAGAGAUGUGACCUUUGAUCUCACCUGUAGAAGAGGUCACUGCUGGUGGCUCCAAAGGAGCCGAAAGGCCAUGGAGGAGGGGACAGAACUGGAAUCGGUGCCUCUCUACAACAGCAAGGACGAGGCUGAUAUGGACACUGAGGAUCACCCUCCCUCUUCUGGCCUCCGAGCUCCUGAUCUGUUGGGUCAGAGCAACUGGGGCCUGAGCCAGGACUGUGAGAGACCCCCAGAAUUCCCCCAUCAGAACCUCCAGCCUGACCUGCUUCAGAGGGAGCAGGAACAACAGACAUGCUGACCCAAUGGCACAGCAGACUCAGGACAGAAUUUGCACAGUCCGAGAGCCCUACUUUCUGCUGGGCAGGGGCGGGAAAGAGAAGCACAGAAGAGCUACCUUUACCUUCUCCGGAGGUUCCCAGGCUGAGCCAAGUCACACCUACUCUUUGCUUCUAGGUACUGGGGGGCCAAGAGAAUCCUCUUCCCCAACUCCACUCAGCUCAGGUAAAGGUAAAGGUCCCUUACUCUGAGACUGAGGGCCUCUCUGAUAUAAGCAGGGGGAGCCCUCCAAGGUACGUAGCCCAGAAGAAUGGUACCACAAGCCCAGGGGAAGUACCACUCCCACCUUGGAAUCUCCCUCUCAGCAGAAUGAAGUCUUUGGAAGAUCAGUUUGUGGCCAGAAAAUACAGCAGACUGGCCAAGCAGGCCCUCUGCCUUUUGUCUUUUAAAUAGGCUGGGGAUAUGGUGGGUAUGAAAGGUACCUGCAUCCACUAAAGGAGAAUUUCAAAAGAAACAAGGGCAUGGUCUGGGGGAAGAUGUGUGGGAUGGAGAAGGUGCAGAAAUGCAUGCUGGGAAUGGCUAGGCCUUUCCCUUAGAUGAUGUCCCUCCCACACACAAUUUUUUUUUUUAAAGAGCCAGAAGCAGGGGAAGACUCAUACCCCCCCCAACUGCUAUUCAAACUGCCACUCCUCCCAUCCCUCCUCCUGAAAUUUGUACUUUAGGCAUCAACAGGGGAUGCUUACCCUGGGUCAUUGGAGCCUAGGGAACUAGCUUCUGCCUUGAAUGAGCUGCCUUCAUUACCUUCCCCUAGGAUCCCAAAGAGAAGCCACUUGCCACUUGAUCUAUCCAACCCUCCUAGAGAAUUAGUACUGAGCUCCAGGCAGAGAUAGUGAUGAAAGAGAUUUCAUAGAGGCCGAGCCAGGGAAGCCAUGGACAAGGGAGGCAAGUAGGCAUUUGUGGAGUGUGUGUUGUGGGAGAGCAGCUGAGGGCAUGAAGAGAGCAUGUUUCUCUCUGGCCCUGCAGUUCACUGUAGUCCUCUAUGAAGUGCCCAGGGAAGCAGGGGCUGGAUUCCUAGGGGAUAAUAGUAUACAUCUCAGGUUUUCUGUUCCUUCCCAGCCUGAGCUGCCUCCCCAUUCAAAGCUGGUUUGUUGGUUUGAAGUAUUUUUUUAAGGGUUCAAAUUUAUUUUUCUCUCUUCACAGCAACAUUUUGUUGGGUUGUUUUUUUUCUGCACAGCUUUUCCAAAAUAAAAACCUACCUAGCCAA